ACCGCAAGCUGCAUUGUGGCCCGAGCCAGCAGAGCAAGGAGGAGUCAUCAUGGCAGCAGCAUUCCGGAGAGGAUGCCGGGCCCUGAGAAGCGUUUCUUGUUUUGAGUGGCGAGCACAGCACACGAAGGCAUCGCUCAAGCAGGAGCCAGGCGUGGGGUUUAGUUUUGAGUUGACUGAACAGCAGAAAGAAUUUCAGAUAACUGCUCGAAAGUUUGCCAGGGAGGAAAUAAUCCCGGUCGCUGCAGAAUACGAUAAAACUGGUGAAUACCCGUUCCCUCUAAUUAAAAGAGCCUGGGAACUUGGUUUGAUCAACACACACAUUCCGGAGAGUUGUGGUGGCCUUGGACUGGGCACGUUCGAUGCUUGUUUAAUUACUGAGGAGUUGGCGUAUGGGUGCACGGGAGUGCAAACCGCUAUUGAAGCAAAUUCUCUGGGGCAAAUGCCUGUGAUUAUUGCUGGAAAUGAUGAACAAAAAAAGAAGUAUUUGGGGAGGAUGACCGAGCAGCCGAUGAUGUGUGCCUACUGUGUCACAGAGCCCUCAGCAGGCUCUGAUGUGGCUGGCAUCAAGACCAAGGCGGAAAAGAAAGGCGAUGAGUAUGUGAUCAACGGCCAGAAGAUGUGGAUCACCAACGGGGGGAAGGCCAACUGGUAUUUUUUAUUGGCGCGCUCUAACCCAGAUCCUAAGACGCCUGCUAGUAAAGCCUUUACUGGAUUCAUUGUAGAGGCUGACACCCCAGGAAUACACAUUGGAAAGAAGGAACUGAACAUGGGCCAGCGGUGCUCCGACACCAGAGGAAUUGCCUUUGAAGAUGUCAGAGUGCCUAAAGAAAAUGUGUUAAUUGGUGAAGGAGCUGGUUUCAAGAUUGCAAUGGGAGCUUUUGAUAGAACCAGACCCACGGUUGCAGCUGGUGCCGUCGGGCUAGCCCAGAGAGCCCUGGAUGAAGCUACAAAGUAUGCCCUGGACAGGAAAACGUUUGGAAAGCUGCUAGUAGAGCACCAAGGAGUUUCAUUUCUGCUCGCAGAAAUGGCGAUGAAAGUCGAACUCGCUAGACUCAGUUACCAGAGAGCAGCCUGGGAGGUUGACUCGGGCCGCCGGAACACGUACUAUGCCUCCAUUGCAAAGGCCUUUGCCGGAGACAUUGCCAACCAGUUAGCUACUGAUGCCGUACAGAUUUUCGGAGGCUAUGGCUUCAACACAGAAUACCCCGUGGAAAAGCUGAUGAGAGAUGCCAAGAUCUAUCAGAUCUAUGAAGGCACUGCACAGAUUCAGAGGCUGAUCAUCGCCCGCGAGCACAUCGAAAAGUACAAAAACUAACGGACAUUUCUGUUAAAAGAUGCUCCAUCUCCACAUAACGAGAGCUCAGAGCACUGUUUAUGCUUCAGAGAAAAACAAAGGCUUUACUGUCUCCCCAAGGCAAUGAGAUAAAAGAUGAAAGAAGCAUACCCCAGACCUGUGCUGUUUGUCCCAGUGGCGCGUCC